GGCUUCUCAUUCGACGAUAAACAUUGCGACCUGACCCCCCUGGCUCUCAGAGACUUAAGGCACGUCAACGUGAAAGGGGGCAGAGCUGUUUCCACUGUGGAUGAUAAUACCACCAGAGACUGGAAUUACUUAUCACUAUCACAGACAAACACGCUCGAUAUGUUGAAGAGUUAUCCUGCCUGUAAAUGAGACGCAAUCCUGCCGCUCUGACGUCGAAGUAAAUCAACGAAAAGCCGUUAGCUUCUGUAGCUAACGUCAGCUAGCUGUGUUAGCCACAUACCCUCGUUUUUUCCACGCAGCUGACCUCCACCACAACACAGUCUCUCUGGGUGGCGUUACAAGCUAAGCUGGGGUCGUUUCCCCCUCUCUCUUCUCACCCCCUGUAUCCCCGUGUUGGUGCCCCGUGGACGGUCCUCGAAUAUGAUCCAUAAUGAGUCAAAGAGAUACCUUAGUUCAUCUGUUUGCUGGAGGGUGAGUAUUUUCUUGCAGCAACGCUAGCUAGCUUCGCUUAGGGCUAACUGCUGUCACUGGUUGGUGAUGUAAAGCUUCACUAACAGGAUUGUUUGCUUUAGUGUGCUCAUAAUAUGAGUAUUUGGCCCGUGGGACGAUUGCUAACAUCAGGAUCUGUUUUAGCAUCCGUGUGCCAGAUGUCAGUUUACUAAUUUUGGCCACAGGCGUGCACCCGUAGGAGUUGCGCUCAAUGUCACACGUUACAAUGACAUUUCAUCUGGCUAUAAAUCUGAUCUGAAUAACAUGUUUGGUUUUUAAAAGAGUCAGUAUGUCGUGUUUGUAAGAUUUCGGAUCAGUGUUUAUAUUUCCAGUUGCUGUUUAAGUAAAACGUGGGUCUGCGUAUGGUGUCCCCCGUUUACCAGCCAUAUCUGAAGCGUAUCAGAUAUAACUUGGGCACUCUGCCACUCAAAACAGAGCUUUAACACGACAGGCAUAUAUAUAUAUAUAUAAAUAUAAAUAUAUAUAUACAUAUGUAUAUAUAUAUAUAUAUAUAUAUAUAUAUGUAUAUAUAUAUAUAUAUGUAUAUGUAUGUCUGAUGCUUCAGCCAAAGCUGUGUCCCAAAGGAGUGCAGUGCAGCCCUCAUAGGUCUGCCAAAAAACUGGGUGCUAAAUGGAUGAGUUUGGCUCAAGUCAGAUUAUAUUGGCACUUUGGCAGCCACUGUGGUUUAGACUGUUCACAGGCUCAGGAAAAUAACUAAAUAUAAUAUUUUGGUUUGUAUGGAGUAAUGUCUAGAUAAAUCGAGAGAACAGAACGUGAAUGGAUGGAGGGUUUAAGGGCACAGUGUGUAAGAAUAGCAGAACAUUUUUGGUAGAACUGUAAUUUGAUAUUCAGAAGUUGGUAUAAAUCAGUGUACAACCCCAUGUCUGAAAGGGAAGGUGUAAAAAGUUGAUUUUAAAAAAUGAUGUUGUGCAAGUCAUUUAAAAUCUAUAAAAAUUCAAAGUUGUGUAAAAGCUUAAGGAAUAUAAAUUUAGCAUUCUUAUGGAAAUCAUGGAUCCUGAGUCACGAGACCACUGGACUUGCUAUCGGCAUACAGUUAAAAUGCGAGCAUCCCAGGUGGCAUGGGUAGCUUAAACAUCCGGAAAAGGACUUUGAAUCCUAAUCAAUAAAUACAAGUUUUGGAAAAACACAUGGUGCAAAUGGAAAAUGGGCUUUGAGUAAUUUACAAACCACCUAACUUUCAUUUCAUUAACAUUUUACACAGUUGGUGUUGGGGUUGUGAUCAUUCCACUGUUUUAUCUGUUGAAUCUGGACCCCUGCCCAAACUAAAACUUGACUGGAGUGCUAGAAUUUGUUGGAUGAAGAGUUGAAGUUAAAUGAAAUUAGCCAUAGACAGGCUCUUUUGAUUACAUAAUAUAUCUAUAGUCAGCCUGUGUUGUACCUUUACAUUUCAUCCCUGCCAAAAACUGUGUUGACAGAGCCGUCUAUUUCUGCUUUGAUGCUGAUUGAAAAUUAACUCUAACUUCAGAUAAAUGUGGUCGCUCUUACUUUGUUUUCACUUCCUCAGGUCUGGCCCUGUCCUGCUAAUACGGUUCAGACAGGUUCAAUUUUAAUACGGUCCAUGUAGAUGUUGUUUCUACGCUCUGUCUUAUCAGUGUUGCUUUUGUUACCCAUGCAGGUUACUGUCCUGAAAAGCCUGAGAUAGUCAUUGACUGAUGUCCUGGAUGUAGGGUAUUGUUUGGACAAGGUGUUCAUUAGUGUCUUUUUGGAGUUCUUGGCUCAAAGUUUCAAAAUAAGAAAAAAUCUGUGAUUUGUUUUGGGAUUCACAGUUAUCAAAUUCUGUGUUGUUUUAUAACAAAAUAAAUAAAACAUUAUUUUUCAUUCUUAUAAAAAGAUGUACAUAUGCCCGCAAGGCUGAAACUCCACGGGGUGCUGAACAGAAGCUUGCCGUUAUUCUCCAAGAAACACAAAGCAUUCCUGACUGUUUUUCUGUUCCCACACUGAGCUAUUUCUUGUCUACAUGCCGGGAAUUGUUAGAAUUCCCUCAACACAUCACUGGCUAAUUUAUUUAUGUAAGAAAAUGAACAAUUUGUGCACACAAAUAUUUCGACUUUUGCCAACACAGACGAAAAGGAGUCUUGGAUUUCUGCUUCAUCACGGACACCUUUUCAUGUCUGUCUUUCUGCUAGAUGUGGGGGCACAGUAGGAGCCAUACUGACCUGUCCGCUGGAAGUGGUGAAGACACGUCUGCAGUCAUCCUCUAUCACCCUCUAUGUGUCUGAGGUUCAACUCAGUACUGUCAAUGGGGCCAGUGUGGCCCGCGUGUCCCCACCAGGCCCCCUGCAUUGCCUCAAGUGAGUACUCAAAAUAAACCAUAACACAGGGAACAUUGUCAAGAUUAUAUAUCCUCUCUGUUUAAUAUGCUAUAACACUUCCACGCAACGCUUCUUGGAUGUUUUGGUGUCACAGUUGCCCGCUCAGUGCAGCUUUACUCGACCACAUCCUCCCUUUUUGUAGAAUAACAUUACUGUAUUUCAUUACUGAGGUCAAGAGUGCUCCGAUUGGCCUGGUUACAAUGAGAGUUCCCUCUUCUCAAGUGUAAUAAGCCUGUCACACGAACUUGUGAGAUCAAGUGAAGUGUUUGAUUUUUGGAGUUUUGUGAUGAUAUCAUUGGUGAUAUCUUUACUAUUUUUUAUUUUUGAUACAAAUAUGUUUUAAAUGCUAAUAAGGGUCUCAUCCAGUUUCAGGACCAUUAACAACACCUAAACAAGCAUACUUGAAAACACUUGUUAUAUGAAUAUCUACACACACCCAAACUUUCAUUGACUCAGUUAUAACAAUAAGCUAUUAGCUUAAUAAAUGUGCCGUAUGAAACAUAGUGAAAGUACAACUGUAGUAUGAAGGAGACCAUCAGAAUAACAGCUGAAAGCAUCACAUCUUUUCAGGUCAGGUCCUUUACAUUUUGCGUGUUCAUAACUGGGAGUGGGGGUCUCCUGAUUCUUGACCCAGUGUAGGUCUAAGUAUGAAUGGUUUUCAUUCUGUUCAAGUUAUAUAAAGUUAUAUAAAAAGGGAAGUUGUAUAAAGUUAUAUAAAAAGGAAUUAGCCUAUCAUCUUGUCUUUCCACGAAAUAAUAGAGAAGUGUCGAUUGUGGAACUGAGAAGAACUUUUGACUGUUAGGAGACUUGAAAACCCCUAAUUUCAACAAAGCACACUGGUUAUUUUUGCCAAGCUUGAGAUAUGAUGACAAAUCCAAGCUUUAUUACAUCUUUUAUACAUGAAAUCUUAGGAGAUAUUUGAUUCCUCAGGAUCAUGAGUUUUAGGACCUGUUUUGCCAAGAUCUGCCGUCUGGAUUUUGGUAGAUCUCCAGUUUUGAUGUUGAGGGAAAAAGGAUCUCCACAUGGAGAACAAUAGCCUGGUCUCUUCUAAAGAGGUCAUGUCUGCUCUGAGCCUCUGGGAAAGUGUUUUUAUGGCACCAAGCCACUUGUCAGCCUCACUGAACCAAGUCAGAAUUAAACAAAGUGCCGAUCACUGCGGUCAAAAUUCUGUCUGUUAGACUCCCAUCAUAAUCCUAUAUUUAACAUGGGCAGCUCUCUGGCAAUUAAAGGUGUCUUCAUGUCAUUACAUCAUCACCAGGUGUUAUAUAUUGUAAGCAAAGGUAAGAGUUUUUUUUUUUUUCCUCAAACUUUACCACAGGUGUGGACAUACCCCCCCUCAAUGACACCAGUUUGCAAAUCUAUCCUUGUGGCCUAGAGUUUGGCAAUGUUUCCAUCACUGUCUUGGUUUUGUUGGAAUCACACGUGACUGUAAUUGAUUAACAGCUUGGAUGCACAUUAUGACAUCUCUGUCCUGGUUUACCGUCUGUCCAGGUCCUGACUUUUUUAUCACAGACAAUUCUGCUCCAGUGCAUAUCCUCCUUUACCCUCUACAGUACCUUUUAGAUGCGUCCAUAGUUUAUGUUCCUUGUAUCUAUCACUGGAACCCUCUGGAAGAUGAAAUUAAGCACCCUGAACUUAGACAUAUGACCCUAAAGCAUGCACGUGGUGGUGUUUUUCUGGGGAAAUAAUUCACUGUCUGCGUUUGAAUUUCACAAACAGGUUGAUCUUGGAGAAAGAAGGACCUCGGUCACUCUUCAGGGGCUUGGGGCCAAACUUGGUGGGCGUGGCACCUUCCAGGUAAUCUUCAUCAUAUCCUCAGAAAUCUGUGCCUCCUACAAUUAUAAAUUUGAAGCUCAUGAAAAGCAAGACGUUUAUUUAUCGGAUGAAAUUCAUCACUGAGCCCUGGAAUAUUGUUGUUAUUACUGCUGUCGUCAUAAUACCCAGUAAUAACUCAACAGUGACCAGAUUAUGAGUUGUUAAAACACGAUUGGUUUUCCUCCUCAUCGACUCCUUCAAACAGAUUUGACAGAUGAAACCCUGAGAUGGGUCACUCAUUCACCUUCAGUAUGUUAGGAUCAGCUUUAUGCUGUCAGUCCCCACCUUUCAUUAACCAUAGCAAUGCUUUGCCAGCUUUAGCUGCACACAGGUCACAGCUGUGCUUCCAGCUGAAUGCCAACAUUAUGUCCACAUGCCAACAAUUACAAAGUCAGCCUGCCUGUCAACUAUUAAAUACCAGCAUGCAGACAUUCGGCAUGUAACACAGUUCUAUGGUAUGCAAUUACAACAGGCUCUUUUGUGAAACCUCUUACCCAAUUCCCUACACAGUAGCUGACGGCUAAUGUGAAUGCUACGUUUUCACAUCACAGUUCAGCAGGUAAACUAUGAACCGCACAUUGUAAUCCAUAACUAGUCAUUUCCUGGGUUGUUGCAGGGAGUGCUCUCUGUUAAAUAUUGGUCAGUUUGGGACACUCAUUUCUUGAUUUCUUAUUUAGUUGAUUUUGGAGAGUAAAAUGUUAAGCAACAUUGUAAGAACAAUGAUCAGGCUGCCUUUAUUGCAGUGACUUUUAGACUCCUGGAAGUGGAGAGUCACCUGUGUCAAGGAUUUCCCCUUUUCCCUUUAUGUAGAAAAACAAAUUCUAUUUCUUUCUUAAAUGAACAGAUCAACCAGAAAAGUUGUAAACUAAAACCAUUUAUCUAAAUCAUAGAGAGGUAAAACAAAAGCAGCUUUGGCUUAUGAAGAUAUAGAAACAGGCUUGAAUCUGUAGAUACUCCAAUAAAUGAGCAACAAUUUUUAAAGGGAUGUAGGUGCACAGAAAGUCCCUCUGCUUUCUCCUUGUUUGGGGAAGUGAAGGGUGCUUCUGUCUGUACUACAUGAACUCUCCACAGGAACAGAAGCUGGGUGGCUGCUCUAUCCAUUUAUCAGCUUUGUUGAUGACUGCUGACAUGAUGAGCAGCAGGUCCUGGCACUAUACAGACAAUUCUGUAAAAUUCUGCAAAAUGAUUCACUUAGACAAGAUAAAUGUUGCAGGUAGAAACUGAGAAGCAGAACCUAACUUCACAUGUCUUAUCGAAUCCCCAAAUCUCAAGGAGGAAUGAGAAAUGAUGUUUCAGUGAAGCUUAAUAAAUGUCUGUAGGUAUGUGGAGCUUCACCUCGUCAUAAGCCCAAUUUUUCACAUGCUAACAUAUAAUAUUCAACAAAGGCUUGCUGGAACCUGUUAGUGUGUUAGUCUGCAUAAACUCAUUAUGCAGUUUGAUAAGAGUUUGUUCUGACUUGCUGAUUAGAUCACAUUUAGUGUGCACACAAGUUUGCUCAGCGUCUUUUCCAGGUGAGUUAUUGACACAUUUUUUAAGGCAAUGUGAAACCCUGCUUUUAUGUAAUCACCUCAUGGCUCUUGAGGUUACUGGGAGAUGAAGAGAUGUUAAGGAAAUAUUGGCGGGGAGCUCCCAUUCAUCUUCUCGGCUGUUUCAGCAGUUCUAGAGGGAAACCAGCCUGAUUAGCCUUUUUCUGACUGCUCUUAGGUAAUGACGCAUGACGGUCAUGAUCAUCAUUACCCCUCGGUGGUAAUGAUGGAAGGCUGUUGGCACCAUUAGCCCUAAUUAAACAGCAAGCAGUUUUCAAUGCUGAGCAUGUGUAGAGUGUUUUGUUAGCAGCUUACUUGAAUAAACGCAUGAACACACCGUCCUGAUCUGUGACGCAGAUUUUAGGUGAAUGCACAGACAAACACUGACCCGUCAUUAGGCUGAUGCGCUUAAGCAACACGAACAGCCUGAUGGGGCACAUUUGGGUAAUGGGGGUAAAAGUGAAGUAGUGCACACGGUGCUUUUAGAAGAAGUGUGUGUUUAGACACAAGAGUGCAGGAAAGAGAGACCCCUGCAUUUACCCCACACUUAUGUAAGCCUUAUCAUAUUCUGUGAUUGACGGAGAAAAGACGUCAGUUCUCAUUGUGUUUCUAUGAUCAUUUGCAUCUGUAAAGCCAGCGCAGUGUGGGGCAUAUUUUUACAGACUUCAUCCUGAUCAACAGCUGAGAGUUGCUGUGUUAUUGUUCACUCACAGGUUUCACUCAUUCACAUUGCACUUUAAAUCUGUGCAGUUGUUGCUAUUAAAUGUUAACAUUGUAUAAAUGCCGGUCUCCUGAAAAUGCCCAGAUUUAUACUAAUAUCUCUGACGUUUCUGCCUUUGCUUUCCACAGAGCAAUCUACUUUGCUGCUUACUCCACGGCCAAAGAGAAACUGAACGGUGUGUUGGAACCUGAUUCCACACAGGUUCACAUGAUGUCGGCUGGAAUGGCAGGUAAUUAUACACAUAGAUGUUCGUUUACAAGCUGACUUAAACCGCCUUAACUAAGAACCCAGGGAGAAUCGUCAAUAUCUCCGUCAAUGAAUUGACCUUUUCUGCUUCAGUGCUUGUAUGCAUAAGCGAAAGGUUGUAUUACAUACAGGAUCAGGCUUGUGUAACGUCUGUACCCAGUGGCUGCUUGUGUUAUGACAUCGCCCCCUUUGUUGAGAGCAAGUAUUGACUCAACCAGUUUUUCUUGUGUUAGAUUCUUGUUUAUGUAAUAGAAAAAAACAACCUGUGCCAAAAGACUUGCAUCAGCUCCUUGGGGAAGUCUCUGAGUGUAUAAUAGUAUAAUAAAAAGUGAAUCUAGUGUCUUUGAUCUUUGUCUAAGAUUUACAGUCCUGCAGAAUAACAACAUAUUAAUUAAUGAUACUGAAAAGCUAGAUUUAAGUACCGUCACUGAUAUUCUCUGAUGCUUUCUGUGUCAGAGGUAGGUCACCUGCUCUCUUGUCACGGCUCCACGUGGGAAUGCUAAUCUGUUCCAAUGUGGGUCAUUCAGGCAGGUGCAGCUACAACCUGCCUGUCUAUGGGUAUGGGUGGAACAGACAGGGCCACUUUUAGCAGACUAUGACUCAGGCCUUUCAACGUCACAUCCAAGGUCAACCUUUGUCGGGACAUUUAUCACUAGUGGCAACCCCCGUUAUCUGCAGCUUGAGCCCUGGCUGAGCUAAACUGACAGCUGAUGAGGUGUUGACAGUGUACCGGUUAAUCUGGCCUGUGAAUGAUACAUGACACCUGAAGUGGAGGUUAGAGAGGGUCACUGCCAUGGCUAACAAUAGAUGCAAUUACUUUCCAUUACUGCAGAUACCCAGGUCAAAAAAUCGAGAUCAGGUUGAGCCACAAUUUGAAUGCCAUGUCAGAGCUUCAAAACAUUCUAUUAUUUAUGUUGUAAUUACUGUCUGCAGCCCAGAAAGCAGUCAGAACCAUGUUUUUAUGUCAAGGGAUUUUUUUGCAUGAAGGAGACUCAACUCUUAUUGGCUUAAAAUGUUGGGAUGCUGUAUAAACUGUUGAUAAAAGCAGAUUUUGAUGGUUUGCUGGUCACUUUGAGCUUAUAUGAUAUUUCAAGUAUGCUGAAUGUUGACGUUUUUAUUGUAAACAUUUUAAAUUUGCUGUCAGUGACGUUUCAACAAAUUGAGGUUAGAGACAACAAAGCACUAAAUAAGUAGUGAAAAUUUAAUUUUCAGCAGGUUUGUAACAUGACUGAGUAUUAAAGGACUCUCCAGGAUUUUUGAGUCUCUCGGCUGUAAAGCCAGGUUAAGGUUGGCCACUUUGUGAGAGACCAUGCAAAUAUGUUUCUCAGAGUAGAACUGAAGAAGAAAAAUUUGUGGACUCGCCAUCUUCACUAAAUAAUACCAUGAAAAGAUUCAGAGAAUCUGGAGAACUCUCUGUACGAAAGGGACAAGGACCAAAACCAAGACUGGACGAUCAUGAUCUUAGGGCCCCCAGGUGGAACUGCAUUAAAAAGAGACGAGACUCUGUUGUGAAAAUCACUGCAUGGGCUCAAAAUCUCAGCCUAAAACCAUUAUCUGUUAAGGCAGUUUGUUGCUCCAUCCACAAAAGGAGGUUUCAACUGAACCAUGCAGAUAUGCAGAGACCUCUCUGGCCCUCUCAUCAAUUCUGCAUGUACUACAGCAGCGUGGCUCUGUAGUACAAGAGUCCUGCUACUAACUGGCCUGCCUUCAGUCCUGCCUUGAAAACAUUUGGAGCAUCAUGAAAUGAAAACAAGAGAUAGACCUCAAACUAUUGAGCAGCUAAAUCCUGUAUCAAGCAAGAAAGAGACAUUCCUCUCUCUUGCACUUCUCACACAAUAAUUGCAACCCAUCAAAAUCUGUUUAAUCCAAAUUCACACACCGCCUCUCAGCUUUUCCUGUACUUCCAACAUGUCUCUUCUGCUGUCAUCACAUGACAUGAGGUCGCUCUGCGGUGGGUUCAGUCCUCUGGGGUAACUGGGUCAUUAGGAAGUAAAAGUGGUUUCAUGCAGGUCAUUUUGCUACACACAAGCCUGUGUCUGUUUUAGGCUUUAACUCUACCGUAGCUCUCCUUUCGCAAGGGCAUGAGACCCCCCAACCACCAGGGGUCUCUAGCUGCAUCUGUGAGGAGUUACUUGGGUCUGCGUGAGUACUCACCACAGAUCUCUGCUUAUUUAUAUAUUUUUACAUCUGGUUCUUUUCUGUCUGUCUCUGCCUCUCUCCUCUGUAACCAUCUUGGUCAUUGAAUAAGAAACAGGUUAUUUUAUCAUUUUUUUCAACAGUCAGAUUUCUGUGGCACUCAGUUGCUCCCUUACUAGCACACAUAGGGUAGUCUUUAGAGGGGCUAGUCUUCUCUCUCUAAGCUGCUUUUGUGAUCUUUCAUUCCCUUAUAUCAGGAUAUAUUCACUCUGUUAUUAUUUUGCCAACAUAACAGCAGCUUAAAGAACACAGUCAUGUGACUAGAUUGUUUUGUAAGUUCAUGUGGACAGUUUGUUGUAUCAGGGGUAUCACGAUAUUUAGGCUGAAGUUUUUUUUUUUACUUUCUUUUUUUCAAAAAUUCGGAACAGAAUAUGAUCCUUUUUUAUUUUUCCCCCACAGGUUUUACAGCCAUCACAGCAACUAAUCCGAUAUGGCUCAUUAAGACCCGUCUCCAGCUGGAUGCAAGGUAAUUAUGCAAUGUGACACAGUGUGUGCUAUGCAAAGUAAAAAAAAAAAGAAAAGGUUUAGAAGUCUCAUUUUAAGUUUUGUGUCCUUUAAGGUGAAUGAAACACACCCGUACAAUCUGUCUUCAUUUGUCGUUGUUGUUUCUCCUGCAGGGAAAAUUCUAUUAGACAAAAGAUUUGAUGGAGUAAAUUCUGAGAUUGUUUCUUUUGUCUUUCCUCAGGAAUAAAGGCGAGCGUAGGAUGAGUGCGUUUGAGUGUGUCAAGCGUGUGUAUCGGGCAGACGGCCUGAGAGGCUUCUAUAGGGGUAUGUCAGCGUCCUACGCUGGUAUCUCAGAGACUGUGAUCCACUUUGUGAUCUAUGAAAACAUCAAACGGCGCCUCUUGGAGGCCAAGGCACCACAGAACGUGGACGAGGAGGAAGAGGCGUCCAGGGACCCUUCAGACUUUGUGGGGAUGAUGCUCGCUGCUGCCACCUCCAAGACCUGCGCCACAUCCAUUGCUUAUCCUCAUGGUGAGGAUUUGAAACAUAAUGAGUUUUUUUUGCACAUUUAAUAGUUUUUUUUUUUCCCCUCAUUUCUUCUUUUCUUUUUGCUUUGCAGAAGUGAUUCGCACCAGGCUACGUGAGGAGGGCACUAAGUAUAACUCCUUCUUCCAGACUCUAAGAACAGUGCCCAAAGAGGAGGGCUACCGUGCCCUGUACCGCGGCCUCACCACCCACCUGGUACGGCAGAUCCCCAACACAGCGAUUAUGAUGUGCACGUAUGAGCUGGUGGUCUACCUCCUGAACGGUUAAAGUCCCCUCACCCUACCUGCUGACUGUAAAUGUUGCCCUGCCCUUGUUCAGAGACAGAAGGAAAAGAAUGAGAGCACACAGCCACACCGGCACAACAACCUGCUCACGUGAAGAAGACAGAGACCGCAGGAUGACCUUUGUCUCGAGCGGUUGUUGAAGAUAAGUUGGCUGUUUCGUUGAUAACCAAAGGGUCCUGCACAGAGAGGAGGAUCGAAAAGUUCCUUACUUUGGUUUGGGGAUCAGGAGUGGCACAGAAACGGCUGCCCUAUUUUCAAUUUAAUUCCAUCCUUUCCUUCCCUUGGGUUCUUCCCGUCUCAGAUUAAGAGUGCUGAAGACAGAACCUAAAAUACAGUAUAUUCUGAUUCUAACAAUACUAAUAAUGAGACAGACUUACAAUAACUCAAAUUCUAACUACCAAUUGAAUAAACAAACUUCCUCCAGCUCAUGGCUUUGCUGUCAGGCUGAAGAUCCGUUUUGGAAAUCUUUAAAUAGCACCACACGGUAAUUUAUUUCCUGCAUCACUCUAGAGGACCAGAAUGCAAAUAUGCUUGAGUUAGUAACGUGCUGGAGUAUCUGACGAGGGCUCUGAAGUCUGUGGGAAGAAAUCAGUGCUUAAGGCUGGUUCAGGGAGCAUAAAAGAAGGAAAGUUUAGAGAUAGAGAGGAACGUGCCUUGUGUGAAAAUGAGGAGAAGCUCUGUUCACCCAUCAGUAGAGUCUUGCACCUGUUCUGUGCAGGUUCAGGUCUUCUUAGAGGCUGUUUGUACCGAAAAUAAACACUCAAUCUGGGUUUAUCAGAUCAUAAAUCACCAGCUUUAAGUACGAGCAUUAACAUCUUGUGUUGACCACAGGUCUCCAGGUUCCUGCUUCAGAUGCAAAUUAAAAUAAUGCCCUAUUCACUUUCAUUAUACGUCACAAAACAUGAUGACAGGCUUGUUGCUGUCACAGCCCUGUGGUUUAUUUCUGAACUAAAACAAAAGCAGACGGGAGUCUCAGAUUACACACAGAUGCAAGUAUAUGCCUCCUAACUGUGCUGCUGCUCUUCCUCUGUUAUUCACAGCAUGUGGAGGCAUUGAUCAUACAUUAUCAGGGUGUGCACCAAAACACAGGACGGAUCACACCUUUUAUGCACCUCAAGACAGAGAGUGAUGUAAGAAAAUUAAAAUGAUGACAUAUAGAGAGAGUGACCACAGCAACAUUCUGUCUUCUUCUACUCUUUCCUUCUCAGUCGAGGGUCAUUUCCUAUGAAAGGUCUUUAUCGCUGAGUGAUUCCAGAUGUUAUAUGUAAUCCUGUAUUUUUUAAGAACCCGCUCCAGUACAUGAGCGGUGUCUUCACAUGUUGGAUUGGCAGAAUUAAUGACCAAGACCGUGAGACGUAGCUGAGAACUAUGCCUUAAAGAAGUGAUGUUGAAGAGGGGGGAGUUAGUGGAAAUACAGAGUAGCUAAUGUCAUUAUGACCUGUGUGGAUCAUCCUAUUGUACUAGAUUAAAUAAGUCUUUGCAAGUAAAUAAUUGUAGACAUAUUUCCUGUAUUUUCAUGCACACCGUGCCACUGUUUAGUGUGAAAACCCCAUCAGCACAUGUUGGAGUGUCAUGAAAAUGAGAAACAGCAGAGAAAAUUAGUAAACGGAGGUCUGUAACGUGUGAUUGUUGCAGUAGCUACAAGGAGAGUGGGCGACCCAAAGCAGAAAAAACGCCUCCCUGACCAUCUUCUAAUGUGGACUGAGCCUGAGGGUUGGACUGAUGCACAUUGCCACAUGUAGUUGAGGCUCACUGCUUGUAGUCUAAAAACCCAGAUCUGGUGUUAAAGCUAGGAGAACACACUCACCUCAACAUUUCCCCAAAUUUAGUCAUGCAUCGAUGCUAAAAAUCUCUAAGAUAUAUCUGCUAACUUCUCAGUGAUAACAACCUGAACCUGUUUGUGUAACUGUGUGUGAAAGACAGCUAUCUCUUAACUAAACCAGGAAAUAACCUCCUAUUUCUAACUACUAGAAUGUACAUAAGGAAGAGAGGACUCUGUAUAACACUGACUUGUGUUGUGAAUUGAAAGUAAACAUGAUUAACAAAUUUUAACAAAUAGUUAUAGUAUAAAUAGACAUAUAGAGAUACCUACAAAACGUGAUUGUGCUGCAUUUGUCUGCCCUCUAACAGCAAAAUACAAAUAUGUAGUUCAGAGGGGGUCUGCCUUUUAGUCGUAACCCUGUCUCAAACAAAGCUGUUGUUUUUUGUAGCACUUUUCAACGUCUCUCUCUAAAAUCCUCACCCUCUCAGUUUGAGAUCCCGAGCUAGUUUUCAGGCGAGGACAAUCCUCUCGAGUUUACCCCCAGAAGCUUGAGCAGUUCAGCCAGUGUGUGACGGGAGUUCCCAGAGAAUUUGCUCUUCGUAGGCGCAUGUAAGUGAAACGCACAGUAGCGAUAAAAAAACAAAAACAAACUUCCCUCUUUUUGUUGUCUGAGGAAACAAAACAUCUUCAUUACAACCAGUUUAGAAUUGAAAAAAAAACAAAAACAAAAAAAUCAAGUUUCUUUUUUUUUUCUUGCACUGUUGGAUGUUAUUUCUUUUGGUAUGGAAAGAUUUGUGCUCUCUGCUUUGGGUGUUUUUCUCGUUUUUAGUCUGUUUUGUUAUCAGUGUAUGUCAAAUGGCACAAAAGACAGAAACAGUAUUUUGCUCUCACCUAAGAAACCAUAGAGACAACUUCCUCUCUUAGAGUGCACAUCACAAAAACCUAGCCUACCAAUAAACGUGCAAUUCCCCCUCAAAAUACUAACCUUAAACAGCGUUGCUUAGCCCACAGAUGAUCAUCUAACAGCAGCACGAGUGUUUGCAGAAUUGCAGUCAGCUUGCUGUGGACAGUCUGGGUAGAAGAUGCAGUGAAGCUUUGCUAGCAUUAAUCUCAAGGCAGGCGCUGUUGGACUUGACAUUGUUCUCUGUGCAGUCUCGGAUGCCUUUUCCCCUCUGGGGAAAGUGAUUAUUGAAGUGAUCCUCCAUGUGAACACCUUUAGUUUUAGAGCAGCUUAAAAGAUGCACUAGGUUAGCACAAUCCGCUCACACGCACAUCCAUCAACACACUAUUUCUGUGAUCAUAACUGGACAUUUCUGUUGCUAUCGUUACACUUCUAUGAGUUUGAAACAGGACAGUCUAUGCAUGUAGUGUGAGUUCAUUGUAAAUAUCCGAGUUAAAGGUCAUUUCACCCAAAUCAACACCAGUACUUUCCUUGUUUUGGUCAAAUCUCUUCAUGUAUGAUCAUAUGCAUCUCUCACUGGUAUCAUAUGAUGCAUUCUCCUUUGCAUCCCAUGGUGACUCUGUUUGCAUUGUGUGACAGUAUGUGUUGCGUGUUUGCCUAAAUGACAAUCACUUGUCAUUCUGUUGUGUCAGGAGUGAAAGAGCCUAUAAGAGUAUGUAUGCACUCGCUGUAGGAGAACAGCUGCAGACAGUGUUGUUUUUAUCUUUUCAUUGAAUUGUUGCCUUUUCCUGGUACCCUUCGUCAUAUUUGUUUUCCAUGUUGUUGUUGAAAGCCCGCUGUGAGCGGGGCUUAGUCUAUGCAUUCUGUCAUACCUGUUUUUGUAAAACAAAAUGCCAAUAAAGUGGAAAGAGUGCAAAGCUGUUUCAGUGUCUGAAAGUUUUCAAUCCAG